AUGCGACUAAAAGUGCUUGGUCCUUUGAUUAAUGCUUUCGGUCCCACAUGUCCAUCUGAGCUUCAACUUCCUCUAAAUACAACUGUUGCUGACGCUUGCACUCCUAUUGGUUGGAAUUUCAGAGGUGCUCGUUCUCAGGCAGCAGAAGAACUACAGAUUGCUCUAACUACUUUUCAUCUCCCUGCAACCUCGCAUGUGAAAGACAAGUAUGUUUGGGUCGUUAAUGACCAUGAGAGUACUUCCUUCUCUAUUGCCAGGACAUGGGAUGAAAUCAGAAAUAGAGCAAGAAAACAGGAGUGGACGUCUAACAUUUGGUUUAAAGGGUCUGUCCCGAGACACUCUUUUAACUUUUGGAUUGCUCACCUUGAUAGACUACCAACAAGGCAAAGGCUUGCUAGUUGGGGUAUCUUGAUCUAUGAUUCUUGCUGCCUAUGCGACAUGGUCCAGGAGUCUAGAGAUCACUUGCUUCUUCGCUGUGAGAUCAGUGAAAGCAUCUGGAAAAUAGCCCUUCAAAGGCUAGGUUACAGGUCCUUUCUUUUCCAUACUUGGACUUCUUUUAUGCAUUGGCUUUCCCACAGAGAUUCAUCUUGCCCACUCCUGCUUAAAAGGCUUGUGGGACAAGCUGUUGUGUAUGCGUUGUGGACAGAACGCAACCGAAAAAAAUAA